AUGUCGGCUCCUGUUGGGCCCCGGGGCGGCCCCGCUCCUCCUCAACCUCCUCCACUUCAGUCCGAGAUGCCCGACCUCAGCCACCUCACGGAGGAAGAGAGAAAGAUCAUCCAGGCUGUCAUGGAUCGCCAGAAGAAGGAAGAAGAGAAGGAGCAGACCGUGCUCAAGAAAUUACAUCAGCAGUUUGAAAUGUAUAAAGAACAGGUGAAAAAGAUGGGUGAAGAAUCGCAGCAACACCAGGAACAGAAGGGUGAUGCUCCAACCUGUGGUAUCUGCCACAAAACAAAAUUUGCUGAUGGCUGUGGCCAUAAUUGUUCAUAUUGCCAAACUAAAUUCUGUGCACGUUGUGGAGGAAGAGUGUCAUUACGCUCAAACAAGAAGGAUAAAGUGGUAAUGUGGGUAUGUAACUCGUGCCGAAAACAACAAGAAAUCCUCACAAAAUCUGGAGCAUGGUUUUAUAAUAGUGGAACAAAUACACCACAGAAACCUGGUCAAGAAGUUUUUAGAGGGCCGUGUAACGAAGAAGCGCCUCAGGAGAAAAAAGCAAAGCUGCAAGAGCAAUCCAUAUCAGCGCUGGAACGAGGUAGAUCUCAAGGGCUCACAAGGCAAGACUCCAUAAACGACUCAGGAGGAAAGGUGUCGAUUGACACAGCAGACAGCUCCUCCCCCACCAUGCCCCCAGAACACCCCUUCUGGGGGCUCCCAUCGGCUUCAGUCAGCCCUCUGUCCCCAGUGGACCCCUGGCAGUGCCAGCAGGCUUCUGUUGGUGCCAUGGCUCAGCUGCAGCAGAGGGCUGCUGCCAGUGGAUGUCGGCGGAGCCUGGCACAGCCGGUGCCACAAAAUGGGGAUGAAGAUGCUGCGGAUAUAGAAGAGAGAAAUCGCCAAAUGAAAAUGAACAAGUACAAACAGGUAGCAGGAUCAGACUCCAGGCUGGAGCAAGAUUAUCAUUCAAAGUAUCGAUCAGGGCGGGAUCCUCAACGAGGCUCUGACAAUGUUUCUAACAAGUCUUCAGACAGUGAUGUAAGCGAUGUGUCAGCAGUAUCAAGGACCAGCAGCGCUUCCCGCUUCAGUAGCACUAGCUAUAUGUCUGUACAGUCAGAACGACCAAGAGGGAACAAGAAAAUUAGAUCAAGUGAGCAAAGAAAAGAGGGAGGGGAGGGGGAGAUAUUCUCUGAGGAUCAUAAGCUUAAGAAAAAGAAGGAUGAACAAGUUGAUGAAAAAGGGGAAGGGGAAGAGGUGACAGAAAACUGUGAUAAGGAGGAAAACAAAGAACCAGAAGAGAUUGAAGGGGCCCCAGAUGAGCAACUUGUGGAAGGGACAGAAACAAGAAAUAAAGAGGAUUUGCAAAGGCAAUACUCACAAGAUGAUCUCAGUGUCUUUACAUCCAAAAUGCAAAGCAGACAGAUGGGCGCUUCAGGACAGAACAUAACUAAGAGCACCAGCAUCAGCGGGGAGAUGUACACACUAGAGAAGAAUGAUGGCAGCCAGUCUGACACAGCAGUGGGCACUGUGGGUACAGGUGGCAAAAAACGACGCUCCAGCAUUGGCGCAAAGAUGGUUGCAAUCGUGGGUCUUUCACGGAAAAGCAGAAGUACCUCACAGCUCAGCCAAACUGAAGCAGGUGGCAAAAAGUUAAAGAGCACAGUCCAGAGAAGCACAGAAACUGGGUUGGCUGUAGAGAUGAGAAACUGGAUGACACGCCAAGCCAGCCGGGAAUCCACAGAUGGCAGCAUGAACAGUUACAGCUCUGAGGGGAAUUUGAUCUUUCCUGGUGUGCGGUUGGCUGCAGACAGCCAGUUCAGUGACUUUCUGGAUGGACUUGGUCCUGCACAGCUUGUCGGUCGCCAAACCCUGGCAACCCCAGCAAUGGGUGAUAUCCAGGUUGGAAUGAUGGACAAAAAGGGACAAUUGGAGGUGGAAAUAAUACGAGCCCGAGGUCUUGUUGUAAAACCAGGUUCAAAGACACUGCCAGCACCAUAUGUAAAGGUGUAUCUAUUAGAAAAUGGAGUCUGCAUAGCCAAAAAGAAGACAAAGGUGGCAAGAAAAACGCUGGAACCUCUCUACCAGCAGCUGUUGUCAUUUGAAGAGAGUCCUCAAGGGAAAGUUUUACAGAUUAUCGUUUGGGGAGACUAUGGACGUAUGGAUCACAAAUCCUUUAUGGGAGUGGCACAGAUACUUUUAGACGAACUGGACCUGUCCAAUAUGGUGAUUGGCUGGUUCAAACUUUUCCCCCCUUCAUCCCUAGUAGAUCCAACUUUGGCCCCUCUUACAAGAAGGGCAUCCCAGUCGUCUCUUGAAAGUUCAACAGGACCUUCUUACGCACGCUCAUAGCAGCUGUGAAACUGUUGUCAUAGCAACCAGCGUUACAAAAAAAAUUAACAGGUCGCAAACCCUGGUAACACUGCAUGCUUAAUGUUGUGUCUUCGGAGCCUGUUUCUAGGGCUAUAAAGCGAUCCUGUGUUCUCAGAGGAAGUUGCACACAUUGUGCUCUAAAGGAAGUCCUCAGGUGAAGGAGUGAAGCUGGAAAGAACUGAAUGAUUUGGAAUUCAGUGACACUCAAGUUUUAGUCCAAUCUGAAGCCAUGGAUUAAACUAAAAGAAUCAAUCUGUCUCAUGCAACAAGAAUCCCUUUCAAUGGCACAUCUAUUUUCUUGCUCCCUUUUCUUUAUCUGCCCCUUCUCCCUGCCCCCACCCAAGCCUGGUUAUGCCACAGAAAUAUGGAACUACCCAAAGAAGCCAUGCCACAAGUCAUCAGAAGAAGGGAAGGAAAGAGGGCCACUACAGGAAAGCCAGCGGCCACAGCAGUUAUUUACAGCAGAGGAAAUUUGCCUUAUCAGAAAGGUUGAAGGCUUCUAGCAGCACGCUUCCUAACUUCAGCUACUGCUGGAAUCAAAUCCAGUGUGUGGACUCUGAAAAAUAAAAUUCUGUGGCUAUACUGUACUGUAUGAAAUUAAAGAAUCUUUUUUGCAUGGACACAGAUUAUGCUGAACACUUAAAUUAUUUUCUUGGGGCUGCAACUUGCAAAAAAAGAAUAAAUCAGCCAUUUUCAACAAUUUAUAUUAUUUUUAAAAAAUAAAUUUCACUAGUGCAUGGUUUUAAAAGGGAGAGAAUGCAACAGGGUGAUAAGACACACCAAGUUUAUCAUUCUUUAAACCAAUCAUGGUCUGUGUUUUUGCAGACAGAAAUGAAAAAUAAAUAAUUUCUAGCAAAUAUUUAAAAUUAUGUUUAUGUGACAAGAAAUAAGUGUAAUAUAUUAAAUUUAUUUAAAUGUAAAAGGUACAAGCCUUGUAAAGUUCAACAAUAUGUGCAAAUUGUAUACUUUUCCCUUCUUGUCUACACCUCCCUCCUUUUGCUCUCUAAUUCCCUUCCUACCCUCCCAGGAUGAUCGCUAUACUCUGAAACCGCUACUUUUUGACUUAUUACUCUCAUGCUUCAUAUUGGUUCAGGAUUGCAGAUGAUUCUGCAUUUCUGAAAUCUUUGAGAGGAAAAAAAUAUUGUUUAAGAACUUUUUUCAAGCAUGUUGAGAAGAAUUUUGCAACAUGGCUUGGGGAGUACAUUACAAUAAUUCAGCAUGUAUUUGAUAACAAAUUUGAACUUUUUGCAGUUUAUUGUACAGUGCAUGGAAACUUAUUUUCUUUUUUCUCACCUUCAAAUUACAUUCUACAGCAAAAUACUGGAAUCAUGUGGCCAUUUGUAAAAUGUCUUCAAUAAAUUUGUUUUCAGCACCAGCA